GGUUGUAAGAUGUAACAGUAAGAGGGAGUAAGGGGUCCCAACUCCCAAGUAGAAUUUAAUAGGCUCAUUGGUCGUGCUAGCUCCUCCUACAUCGAUCCAUUUUGCACUCUUAUAAUAAUUUCCAUGUUGUUAUUCUCCGUCUCAUGGCAUGCUUAGAGAUGUACAACUCGGAGCACAAGGGUCACCAUCACCAUCAUCACUCAGUAGUGAGCCCCAGAAUCUCAUUCUCGAACGACUUUGUGGAUGCUCAACAAGCCACAAAGCAGGAACAAACCAGAUCAGAGGCUCCUGCAGCAGUGUCCUCAGACUUUGAGUUUUCUGUCACCAACUACUCCAUGAUGAGUGCUGAUGAGCUUUUCUUCAAGGGGAGGUUGUUGCCCUUCAAGGACACCAAGAGAGCCACCACCACUCUCAGGGAAGAGCUCCUUGUGGAUGAUGAUGAUGAUGAUGAUGAAGGGUACCAAGGAUUUUCUCUUAGGCCUCCCAAAGGGUCCUCCACUAGGUGGAAAGGCUUUCUUGGCCUCAGAAAAAGUCACCUUGGUUCCAAGAAGGUUGAGAAGAAUGAAGGAUGUUCUGACACUGGAAUUGAAACCAGAAGGGCUGCUUUUUUCAAUGAGGGAGCUAGGCUUAAUGUGAAUUCACAGGAGCUGUUGAAUGAAGGAGGAUCAGGUUGCAGGGAUGUUGAGAUUGGGUUACAGAGUUAACUGGGGAAGGGUGACGGGGCAUAUUUUCUUUUUUCCCUUCAGCGGGUUAGGAACCAAGGCGGUGAAUUUAUGUUAUUAGGCUUUUGUUUGUCAACUUUGAUUCUUCUAUAAUUCUCUGAUUUUUGGUCCACCUAGUGAUUAGGAUUUCACUGUUUGUUGUACAAAUUAUUUGCAGUUGAAUUGAAAAAGCCCGCAAAAAAGAAUUCAAUUUUCUUUGUUCAAA